CGUGCAAAAAUUACCCGCCUGGAGUUAGACCAUCUUUCACAUCAUUUGUAGGCUGGGUUUUUGCACAGCGUAAUAAAAUGUUGCGACACAAAAGUCAAAAAGGCUUGAGUAGAAAGUCUAUAUUUCAAUCCUAUGAAAGCUGGCAGUAUACCGGUAUUGGCUACACCCGGAUAAGCCAGCUCCCCCCUCACAUCUUGGGGAAGAUUGGCGAACAACAGGAAGUGGCUGAACUCAUCCAGUCACUUGACCAGUACAGUGUACAACUUGGAUUUGACUGUGAUGAAUGUCUCAAAAGUCUUAAGAAGCUUCUUGGUAAGCUGAUGAACUUUGAACCCAGACGAUCUCAGGAUGAAGGUCCCCAAGACCAAAAACAGGACAAGUUUGCUGUGGAGUUCUUUGAGCUGGGAGGAGUUGAUGUGUUGUUGCGAUUGCUCAUCUUCGGCUCGCUCUUCCCACACCCAGUUAGACAUGGCAAAGUGAUCUGGGAGUCUGAGAGGAUGCUGCGAAUCAAGAGUCUUGUCUUGGAAAUUCUCACCAAGAUCACCACAACUAGUGUUGGUGAGAGAGUAACCACUGAGCUGAUGAGAAGUGACGACACACUCAACUACAUCUUCACACUUCUAGCCCAUCAGAAAACCUUUGUCAACGCUUGUCAACUCAUUGAGGACAUGCUACAGUCUCGUAAAGAAGUGCUCGACUUACACAGAAUAACCAACUUGAGAGGGUUGAUCAGCUGUCUCGACGAUGUUCAACUGGCCAACUUCUGUCGUAUUCUUGCUGUUGUGAUCUCAGAUUUAGAUAUUUAUGAAAACAAAUCCUCGUUAUUUGCUCAAAACAAGCAGAAGAGGAGUAGAGGGUUUGUGAACCUGAGAGACAUCAACCAAGAACUGUUGUUGGGAAUUCCAGAACUACUUCCUCGACUUGUGAAGCUUGCCAUUGCCAAAGAAUAUCUGUUUCAUGCAGAUACACCCCGAUACCGAGGAAUGGUCAGCGAGCUCGACUGCUGGAUGGAGUGGAUUGAGAACCAAAUGGCAGACGAGUUGUAUGAAACACAGACAGUUGAUGACUUUGAGGAGUACAUCGGAGGUGUGUCGGAGCCGACCACAGAGGGUGGGUCUCUCAUCCUACAGCAGGGCUUGAAGAUCACAGAGGAGUUAGUACAGAGAGUUGAAGUAGUCUAUGUCCUAGGCUUAUUCCUACUGGGAAAACACAGGAAAAAAGUACAACGGAAGUUAGCAGACCUGAAAUUGGCACCUGGUCUCAGCGAACUGUUUGAUCAGUUCAUCUGGAAAUGUCAAGUGAACCGGUACCACAGUAGGCAUCGUUUAAGGGGACACAAUGCAGCAUGUGAAUGCAGUCCGGAAGUUGCAUUGAAAAUCCAGUUCCUGAGACUUGUCCACAGUUUCUGUGAUCAUUCAGACUACAAGCAUCUACUACUUUCCAAAAAUGAGCUCAAUGAAGUGAAAAGAAUCAAUGCCAAAGCUGGUUCUUUGGCUCUGCCAUCUCUAGAAAACGUAAAUAGAUCCCUGAUGUGCCGGGGAAGCAAGGGUCUUCUCACAAAGAUUGUUGAAGUCAUGAAGAAGGAGCCCACAACAUCUACAUUCAGGUUCUGGCUGGCCCGGGCUGUGGAGAGUUACCUGCGCGGUGAUACAUCCUACUGUGAUCAGGUCUUCCUUAUGAGGAGAGGACUACUUCAGCAUGUUGCAACCAACAUAGUGGAGCAUGAGAUUCGUCACAAGGAGAUUCUGCAGAGCAGUUUUGACCUGCUUGGAGAGUUGGUUAAGUUUAACAUCGAAGCAUUCAAGACGUUUGACACAAUCCUCAACACACAAGCCAAGUUAGACAAGUUUGUGGCUACAGUCAACCGGAACCUCGUCGACUCGAACAUGUUUAUUAGGAGCCUAGUCUUAUCUCUAGAACACUUCACAAAUGAAGAUAACGGGGAAUACGCCAAGAAGGACUGCAAGCUGUUGACGUACAUCGGCAACUUCCAGAGGCAGAUGGAAUACCUGUACAAGCUUAUCCAUAUCAUUAACGUCCAGAACCUCACACAGGAGAACGUGAGCUGUCUGAACACUACGCUUGUCUUUCUGAUGUUCGCCAACCAGAAGAACAAACUCCCCCAGUACCUGCGUGCCCUCCGUGACGAGAAGGAUGAUCUCCUAGAUGUACAUGGCUCAAGCUCAGUUAUGCAAAACUUCAGGGAUCUGUUGAUCUUCUGGCAAGAUCACUAUCUCCACAAAGACAAAGACUGCAGUGCCUUAGAGAAGAGUUCCCGGAUUAGUUUCUCGUACUGGAAAAAGACAGUGAAUAUGUUGGUCUCUGAGGACAAAUCUCAGCCAACAGCAGUGCUACAUUAUGUGACACCAUUGUCAGGAGACCGAAAUAACUGACCUUGACCUUGGUUUCCAGUCUCAAAUCCCCCGCCAAUAACGGUACAAUUGCUGUGAUGUUCAUUACAGGGAGAAACUGUCAGUUGAAUUAGACUUGCUUCCGUAUCAUAUUUUCACAGGUGCUUACAAGUAGAAAUUUCAAGGGAGACUUUUCAGGAGCGAACCUUGGAUUUCACUUCUGAGGAAAAUUGGUUUCUAUAGUUACUGUUUACAGGGUUGUGCAAAUGUGUUGAAGAUAUUUUUCCCCAAAACCAGCCAAAAGAGUCCUCAGUUUUGGCUAGUGCUGAUGUGUUCUGUGGAACAGUCAAACACAAGUCUUUCAGAUUUUACACUAACUCUGGAGUGUUUAGGGAGGGAACUUAAUGCUGCCACUAGCUAUGAUCAAGCACUGUGGAUGGACACACCCACUAUCUACGUGUGGCGACUCUGGUUGGCCUGGCAGAAAUCUCAAAUCAGUGACGAUGGAUAUGGUGGUAAUCUACAGUGACUGGAUGAACAUUGCCUCCAACAAUAUGCAUGAUGUCUGUGGAUGAAUAUAGUGGGAAUCUACAGUGACCGGAUGAACAUGGCCUCUAACAAUAUGCAUGAUGUCUGUGGAUGAACAUGACGGAAAUCUACAAUCACGGUGACGAUGAAUAUAGUGGUAAUCUACAGUGACCAGAUGGGCAUGGCCUCUAACAAUAUGCAUGAUGUCUGUGGAUGAACAUGACGGAAAUCUACAAUCACGGUGACGAUAGAUAGACACUGCAAUUGUCUGAGCAUGGCAACUGUGAACAGACAUUGCAACUACAAGCACAAUGACUAUGAUGGACAUGGUGAUCCACAAGUGCACUGACCAUUGGAGACAGGAUUCAUCUUUUAUCCUCAUCUGAUGAGAGGAGAGUGCAAGCAACAGUUCUGUUCAUGGGAUUCUAACUGUGUUAGGAUUUGGAAAUGAUGCGAUCCUUUGUGCAUGGUGUAUUGUUCAUACUGGAAGAGAUGGGUGUUCCGUCAGUGCUCUACAAACCUUGUUCACUUGGAUAGCCAUGUUCUAAAUCCAUGGAUCUUCACAUGUGAAGUUUGUUAGUGCUGGCGUUUCUGAAGACAUGUUUCAAUGACCAGUGCAAGUUUUGUGGAUCAUACCUGAAUGUGUCAUAGUAUGUGUAGCCAUGGAAACAGAUCUUAACGAUAACCAUAGUUACCUAUGUGACCUUGUUCUUGGCAGUUAUCCCUCAGUGCAAGCUCGAUUGACGGCAGGAAUGGAAUGGUUUCUUGAUUAUUGAUAUAUUAUGAUGUGGAUCCCCUGGGAUGUGCAGUUUUACCUGGUACAGAUAUGCAUGUAAUUGACUACCAAAUGUCGUGUUAAGCUAUAUACAAAUUUUUACUUAUUUAUGCACAAGAUGGCUGCAGAAAGUUCUCCAUGUUCAUGCAGACAAUGGAACAGUUCAAACCGGUUUUGUAUCUUAGGCCUAGCCUGAAUGUACAGUUGUCGACUCAAAAAAAUGAAAAUGUGUAAAUUUGUACAUGUGUAUAUAUUUAUUGUCAUGUCUGUGUAUGUUUUUAAACAUGUUGACUUUGUGUUGUGUGGUGUUGUGUUUGCACUGUGGUCUCAUUCCGAACAUUACUCAGCUCUGUGACUAUCUACAGCAUCUAUCUUCAGUACCCCAUGUACCCUCAGUACCCCAUGUACGAACUUCAGAAAGUUGCAGUUCAACUUCCAUGUCACACCCAUUUGAGAAACACAAGAACAGAAAUAUCUAAUUUAAUGAAGCUUUGCACAUCUUGAAUGAUUAGUUUUGAAAGUUGAUGUUUUGUGUUUCCAUGGUUACCAGAUCAAGAGAUAAUGAGGGUAAAUUUAGUUUGAGGUAAGAGUUGUUAGGAUUGAGGUUUAGUUUCUCCAUUUGAGCCAUCUUGCUCUAGUCUGAAAAAGGCAUUUGAAUUUGAGAGCUGUUGCAUUUCUUGAAAAAUACUUUAUGAAAUAAUAAUACCGUAAAUUCAAAUUUUGAAACAAAUGACUGUCCCUGGCAAAAAAACCCAACUCUAUAACUUGAUGUGGUAAAACUGGACUCAUGCCAAAGCUCUCCAUUUAGUUGCUGGGUUGCCUGAAGCCAUCAAGAUAUUGUCAAAAGUCACUGUGUAAUGGUUUUGUGAAAUGAGACCUGGUUUGAUGUGAAUGGCUGUGUGAAAGUACCGAUCUCGUACGCGAAUGUUCAAUGAUCUGCACGAAAUGACUUCUUUGACAUGUCUGGGAGAUACUUGAUCUGAAUGAAUACUGUUUGAAAUGGUGAUUGUUUACCUGCCCUUAACUUGAAUCAAAUUACUGUUGGCCAGACUGCAUGUAACCAUAAUAUAAGCAUGAUAAGUAAACAGCUUUUGCUUGUUGAUAGCUCUCAUAUUUGACCAAGGAAUGAAAUAAGAUGUAAUGUUUUAAAGAAAUGAUCAUGUAUUAUCUGUGGUAUUUACAACAUAUUUAUGAAUGUUUCUUUUAUCAAAAUGUAUGUAUCCAUUGUACCUUACAUAGUAUUUUUAUUGUAAGUUAUGAAAUAUUUUUUAUACAAACUAUAUGUUAGAACAUGAUAGAAGGGCAGAAUUUAAGAAGUUGUUAAUGUUAAAUGUCAGUAUUUCUAAACUGUAGCACUGGCAAUCAUGAUUUGCAAUCCAGGUGUAGAUCGGUCUGACAGCCUUAACAAAAUUGCUUCAUGAUUUUGAACGUCCUAUGAAAUUUGUAAGUUAGUUCUGAUGGAGGAAGUCUGCAUCCCGUUUCAAAAUUGCUAUAAUGGUACAUUCACGAACAUCCUGCAAGGAUUCCUGUUUGUGUAUACAUGUGAGGCCCAAGUCUGAUGUGUCUUGCAAGAUAUUGCUGUCUAAUUGGCUGACUUACUCACACCAAUUUCAUGUAGUUGGUUUUAUAUUUGGUUUGUCUGAUCUUGCUUAUUAAGGCUCCAGAAAAGAUCUACUUCCAUGGACUGUUAUAUGUGAUAUUAAAGUUUGAGUAAUCCUGAUUGGUAGGCAGAGGGAGAUCUGUUACUCAGCAGUUCACUACACUACUCAUAUAUCGGGAAAAGUCUGAUCCUCAAUGCAAGCUCAGUGAUAAAAGAUGUGGCAGAAGCAUAUUUGAAACUGAAGAAGCCAACCUGAGCACAUUUUAUAGUCAUUGUUUAGAUGGCCGUGAGAUUUUUCAAACAAAAGGAUGAGGACUUUGAGGGAACUGCAAAAUAUUAAUAUUUCUUCUUGCCAUUCAUAUUUGCAUUAUCAGUGUCCUCAAGUUAUUAAAUUAAUUUUGACAUGUUUAUCAAAUAUGAUCCAGUCUUCAUCUUUUCUAUAAUAGUGUUUCCUAGACUUUAGCUCAUGGGACGAAUUUACCUCUUAAAAAUUCUAAAACCAGUUUGUACUACAUUUACCUUGUUGCUAUAGAUACAAUUUCUUUUGACUUACAUGUGAUUAUUGCUGUUGAAAGUAGAAUUUUACGAAUAGGAAGUUAUGGGUAAUCACAUUCUAAUUGUCACUAGGUGAAGUGAACUUUAAGCAUGCUCCUUUUAAUGUGCUGACCUGCAGACAUAACCAAAUCAGGUUCAAGGUACAGAAUUCUAAGUGCAGGUCCUCCAUUAUAUGUGUUAUCUGACAGUCUGUUGCUGAAGUAGGUUUGUGGAUGGGGAGAAUGUACAGUGGAUGGAUGCAGCAUGGAAGUUUUAAGGAUGUAUGAAUGAUAUAUAUUUUAAUGUUUAUGCUGUCUGUACUGUUAUGUUUUAGAUAGGUACUGUACAGCAAAGAAAAGCCUGUAUCAUACAAAAAAAAGUAAAUAAAUUUCUAUUGUAACACAA